AUGCAGCGAGUUGACACACGAGAAUACCGGAUUUGCGACCUGGUUCAUGUUCACGUAAGUGUUUUUCAUAGUGCUCAGAUCUACUUUAAAUUUUGCACACGCGGCGAGCCUAGGGCGCACACAUAAUAUUGGUAUUUCAUAAAGUGCAUGGACAUUCUUUCUCCUUCGCACAGUGCAUUCUUAUGGCGGCGCACAGUGCAUUUUUUGUCGCAACGCACAGUGCAUUUUUUCUCCUUCGCACAGUGCAUUUUUUGUCGCGUCGCACAGUGCAUUUUUUGUCGCGGCGCACAGUGCAUUUUUUCUCCUUCGCACAGUGCAUUUUUUGUCGCAGCGCACAGUGCGUUUUUUGUCGCGUCGCACAGUGCAUUUUUUGUCGCGACGCACAGUGCACUUUUUGUCGCGGCGCACAGUGCAUUUUUUGUCGCGGCGCACAGUGCACUUUUUGUCGCGGCGCACAGUGCAUUUUUUCUCCUUCGCACAGUGCGUUUUUUGUCGCGUCGCACAGUGCAUUUUUUGUCGCAGCGCACAGUGCGUUUUUUGUCGCGUCGCACAGUGCAUUUUUUGUCGCAACGCACAGUGCAUUUUUUGUCGCAGCGCACAGUGCGUUUUUUGUCGCGUCGCACAGUGCAUUUUGUGUCGCAACGCACAGUGCAUUUUUUCUCCUUCGCACAGUGCAUUUCUUGUCGCAACGCACAGUGCAUUUUUUCUCCUUCGCACAGUGCGUUUUUUGUCGCGUCGCACAGUGCAUUUUGUGUCGCAACGCACAGUGCAUUUUUUUUCCUUCGCACAGUGCAUUUCUUGUCGCAACGCACAGUGCAUUUUUUCUCCUUCGCACAGUGCAUUUCUUGUCGCAACGCACAGUGCAUUUUUUUUCCUUCGCACAGUGCAUUUCUUGUCGCAACGCACAGUGCAUUUUUUCUCCUUCGCACAGUGCAUUUCUUGUCGCAACGCACAGUGCAUUUUUUUUCCUUCGCACAGUGCAUUUCUUGUCGCAACGCACAGUGCAUUUUUUCUCCUUCGCACAGUGCGUUUUUUGUCGCGUCGCACAGUGCAUUUUUUGUCGCAGCGCACAGUGCGUUUUUUGUCGCGUCGCACAGUGCAUUUUGUGUCGCAACGCACAGUGCAUUUUUUGUCGCAACGCACAGUGCAUUUUUUGUCGCAGCGCACAGUGCGUUUUUUGUCGCGUCGCACAGUGCAUUUUGUGUCGCAACGCACAGUGCAUUUUUUUUUCCUUCGCACAGUGCAUUUCUUGUCGCAACGCACAGUGCAUUUUUUCUCCUUCGCACAGUGCAUUUCUUGUCGCAACGCACAGUGCAUUUUUUCUCCUUCGCACAGUGCAUUUCUUGUCGCAGCGCACAGUGCGUUUUUUGUCGCGUCGCACAGUGCAUUUUUUGUCGCGGUGCACAGUGCAUUUUUAGUCGCAGCGCACAGUGCGUUUUUUGUCGCGUCGCACAGUGCAUUUUGUGUCGCAACGCACAGUGCAUUUUUUCUCCUUCGCACAGUGCAUUUCUUGUCGCAACGCACAGUGCAUUUUUUCUCCUUCGCACAGUGCAUUUCUUGUCGCAACGCACAGUGCAUUUUUUGUCGCGACGUACAGUGCAUUUUUUGUCGCGACGCACAGUGCACUUUUUGCCGCGGCGCACAGUGCAUUUUUUGUCGCGUCGCACAGUGGAUUUUUUUGUUGCGGUGCACAGUGCAUUUUUUGUCGCAGCGUACAGUGCAUUUCUUGUCGCAACGCACAGUGCGUUGUUUUGUCGCUGUGCACAGUGCGUUUUUUGUCGCGACGUACAGUGCAUUUUUUGUCGCGACGCACAGUGCAUUUUGCCUUUUUCCGCACAGUGCGGCCUUCUCAAGCAUUUUGCACUGUGCAUUUCCACUCAUCGCGCGAAAUCGCUUCAAAAAAGUCGCAGCGACUUCGGCGAAAAUGGUCGUCGCGCGAUAUUUCGGUUGCACAGUGCAAAAUGUGAAAUGCGCGGUGCAAAAUGGGGGUUUUUUGCACAGGAGAUUUGGCUCUGUUUGAUCUAAUUUUUCUUCGUUUUUGAUUUGUUUUUAUUUUCAGGACCUUGUUCUUGCGAACACCCUCGUUUCCUUCGUUCUAAAUGCAGUUUUCAUCUUCCUUUGUAGCGCUAUGGGCUUCUUUUAUGUUUUGCCGGCCUUCAUUGUGGCCUCAUUUUUCUCCAUUUUCCUAAUAGCCGGCAAUCGAGGUGGUAAAUUUGUCUUCUACAUCCCAUAUUUAUUAAUUUUGACUGUUCAAAUUGGAAUCUUCGCUGUUUACAUAGUGUACUUCACCUUUUUCCACAAUGAUUUUAAGAAAAAUUUCACUGAAAAUCAACUUAUCACGUUUAGUGAGACGUUAUAUUACAUUAUUUCCGCUCUAAUCAUCAUCUUUUUCUUUCUCUACCUCUUCUUUUUGUACUGCAUUUUCCGCGACAUACGCUAUGUGAGGAGAGAGAUGAAGGGUGUUCCGGAAGUGCAGGCCUUCAUGUACCAUCCGUAUUGGACGGCGAGGCCGCCAAUCCAUGUUAGUCCGAGUGCGGGAUCGACGGCGCCCGUUCGACAAUAUCAGCAGCAGUCGUUUCCACCACAACCAUAUGUGCCGUACGUCGUGGAUCCGAUCUACGGGUUUGGGGGAGACAUUGAGCAACAUCAUUAUCACCAUGAAGCUAGUGAGUCUUUGGGUUGCAGUUUAUAGGGAAAAUGUGAAAUUUUUUGUGAAUUCUGGCAUAGAAAAGUUCCAUAACUUUCUAUGCCGAGUACUGUUUCCACAAUAAAUUUUCUCCACACAAAAAGGGCAAAGCUACCGUAAAAUUUUUUUUCUCUCCGCAUUUUGCGUACUCUCUUGGCCACACAGAUUGUUGAAUAUCUCGGUUGCCCCUGCAAAGCUCGAGCUAAGAUAGCCAAGAGUAGGAUAGAAUAUCAGUCUGGCCGAAAAAGAAUUGUCCUCCGCGCCCCCCUCCAUCGCACUCACUCGAAACCCCAAUUUGCAUCGCGGAGAAAUUUGGAGGGCAUCGCCGAAAGAAAGAGCAAAAACAACGCAUCGCCAGCGACAAAAGUGGGUUUUGCACAGUGCAAAUGCCCUUUUUCUGCUGUUUCGCACUGUGCAAUUCCACAAAUUCUCCGAUUUUUCGAAGUCGCGCGCACUUUUGCGAUGCAUCGCUCAAACUUUCGGUGCCGCUCAGUUUCGAGAUUGCGAUUUCGAAGCUGCGACGAGGGUAAUUCUUUUUCGGCCAGACUGAUAUCUCUCUUUUUUUGAAUUUUGGCGUGAAAAGUUUCAUGCCUAUUUUUACCGUAGAAUCAUCACAAAAAAUUAUUUUUUUCUGUUGGCUAAAAUACGGCCAAAAGCAGUUGUUCUCCUGCCACUCUCCGCAUUUCGCAUACUCUCUAGAUGUUUGUAUCACGGUGGCCCUUCAAAAGAUUGUUGAAAAUCUCAGCUGAAGAAAUAUGAGCAAACAUUUUAUGGAUUUCAGCUGUUGUCUAAGCUCUUCAUCUUCUCCAAAAGAUGCUUAUUUUACAUUUUAUUCUUUAAAGAAAACAUGGACACCAUCCCAACAAACGACCAGCAUGGUCAUGCCUCUGCGCCUCCGGCAUACCAAGAAUCAAAUGUCCAUCACAACCCGAGCUACCAGCCGGAUACGGGCCAUUCUUAUGGCUUUAGUCACCCGGAUGCUCAUGGUUUUGAUGCUGGACAUGCAUCUGGCCACGGUGGCUAUUAAAAACCUUGUAGUUAAUUUCUUUGUAUAUACAUAUUUUGUAUGAACUUAUUGUUGUAUAAAAGCUGUAAAGUCCGAGAAUUUUUGUUUUUUAGAGUUCUUUUUUAUAGCCCAUCGGGACACAUUCAAAUAAGGGUUAUAUUUACUUUUACUUUCAAUAAAUAAUGUUUUUCUCCAGUUUUUUUUAUCGCUCUGUACUCGAAAAUGAUUAUUUUUAUUACUCAUCAAAGGUCCCGAAGAAGCUGAAACGUUUAAGAAAACUGAUAACGAAACCAAGGCAAUUGCAGCUUGAAAUGAAAAUUGCGUUGAUAAGAAAACUCCCUGCAAGAAAUUUGGAGAGGUCAAACGGCGGAUAUAUCUAAUUUCCUUGAGUUUUUAUGAACAAUGUGCUGUAGCCAUGGCUUAGGAUUGGUGGCUUGAUCAACUUUUUUGUCUGAAAAAUCAGGAGGAGGAAUGAAAGGGUAUCGGCUUUGCAACCUGCUGCAUGUACACGUAAGUUAAAAUAUAUCGGUCUGUCGGGAAAAAAAACGGCGGAUCGUCGCGCCUCGGAAACGCCCAUCAUCGCUUUGCGACUGCAAGCCGCGGCUUGGGAUUUGGUGCGCGACAGCGGCGAGGCGAGACAUUGCGACGAUCCGCCGUUAUUUUUCCGACAGACUGAUAACAAACAAUUUUAGGGGUCGCCAGAGUGAACUUUCUGGAAAUGGAGCUUUUAGCAACAAAACCUUUCGAUAACAGAUAUUUCUUUCGUACCUCUGCGUUUCGUUGUACAGAGGUUUCAGAGCGAGAAAAUAAAAAGGCCUUCCAAUUUUUCAAAUUCCAAAUUUUCUUGAAGAUGGCCCAAGAUUCUUUUUUAUUUUUUUGUUGUUUAUAUGCCGUGCAGACGUAAAUUAAAAUAACGAUUUUUCAAGCCCCGUUUUGUACAAUAUCCUUAUUUUUUGUGCCAUAGUAAACAUCAUAUUGUUUUCAGGACGUUGUGUACGGCGUAAUCGGCUUGGAAUUUACAACUUAUCUCAUAGCACUUCUUGCUUUGUGCUUUUCCGAAUACGAUGUGCUGUUUCCGAUAUUUCUUGCAUUAUUUUUUGUCACCCUCUUCAUAUUGUAUGGAAAUCUCAAAAAACAAUUGUUCUUCUACAUCCCGUAUUUCCUCCUUCUACUGGCAAGACUAACUCUUUUAGGACUUUUAUUUUCUCAUUUUGCUAUUCAAAAUUUUGGCCUUGUCGAAAGAUACGUCGGAACUGGCGGAUGGUUUGCUAAAUUUUACAAAAUUUUAAUUUUAAUCGCAGUCUUGUUCAUUUUGAACAUCCUUUUCCUACUUUGCCUGAUUUUUGAUGUCAUCUAUGUGUGGAAAAGGCCAAAAACGAAGUCAAAAGUUCCUCAUCUUUCAACAAUUGAAGUGUUGAGUGAUGGAAAUUCAAUAAUUUCAAAUCCAGGAUCAUCAAAAAAGAGAGGUCGCAAUUUGUAUAUCUCAGCUCCAAUCAUCAUUGCAAGUGCUGCAACUGAUGAGAAUUUUGAUGACAACAGAAAGGAAGAGGAAUAUCAUGUUGAUCGAGAUGAUCAGUGUAAGUUUUUCUUCAAAAAAAAAUUUUUUUUUUGCUUUUUAGAGACCAAAUCGACAUUUUGGAAAAAUUAUUGGCCAAUGCACAGCGUUUCGAACUUUUUGAUGCGUGUCCAUAAAAAUGAAAAAAUAAUAAGUGACCAUUGCGUUUUUAUAAGUAUACGGUUAGCCAGAAGAUGUAUCGGUAAAAAAAUCUGCAUAUAAAGCAACCAAUUUCCUUUCCGAAGUAGUUUUGUCACCAACGUUCAUCAGCUCGUUAUCAUUGGGAAAAUCGACACUGAAAAAAGCGAAAUUUCGACUUUGAAUGACAAAAAAAUGCAUUUUCUUGGGCACAAAAUAUGGUGGAGUCCAUCGUGAAUUUCAAGGGCUACAACGUACUGCAAUUUCAAGAUUUUUGCGGAAAUUUGAGCAAGCUUAGAGCCAAAAAACGCCUCAUUUUACAGGGGAAGUACUCCAAGUGCGACUCUCAGAUUUUUAUGAAACUUGCCACAAAUUUAGAAUAAUUUUUUCUACGAUAUAUGCGAGAAUCCUAGCUCGCGCUUUGCAGAAACAACCGAGAUUUUUAGAUCGAAAGUCGGCCAAAAUUUAGGACUUUUUGCGGAAUUUCGGCACGAAAAGUUUCAUGCCUAUUUCAACCGUAAAGGAUAAUGUUUCUACAAAAAAUUAAAUUUUUCCGCACGAAACUGCCAAAGUUAUGGCCAAAAAGCGUUUUUCUCUCUCACCGCUCUCCACGUUUAGCGUGCUCUCUUGGCGGCAAAAAUCGUUCGAUAUCUCGGCGGCGCCCGCAAACCGCGAGCUAAAACUUUCAGAAAUUGAUAUUUAGUCCAUACCCGACGUGUGUGCAAAAUUUAAAGAAAAUCUGAGCGUCGCACUUGGAGUACUUCCCCUGUUAGCCAUUUUUUGCACUGUUUUUUGCUUGUUUGCAGAAAUUUUUAGGAACAAGGAGUCGCACAGGUCAUCAAAAGAAAUUUUCUGAACUUAAGCCGGGUUUUUUUUUUUAAAUACGAACAUCGCAAUUCGAUAUUUCCUAAGCUAAUGAUGACUUUAUUCCAGCCCAACCAGCUCCAUACUUACACGACUCUUUACCAUUGGAUGAGAUCACUCAUCUUGUCGACGUCGCAGCCACCCGUAUUUCAUCCAACGACACUGCCCCCUUGAGUCACAACGCCUCGCCUACUUAUGAAUUUGGAAGCUCAAGCAGCCAUGAAUUUGACAACAACCAUGAAACUCAUAAUACGUUCGAAAACACCGAUACCAUGUCGGCAACUAGCUAUUAUUAUGACACCCAAUCCAAUUUUGACCCCAGCCGUUAUGAGUAG